AUGGAGGAAUGCCAGAAAGCCUUCACCGACCUAAAAGCAUACUUGGCCGAGCUACCUACUCUGACUGCCCCGGAGCAGGGAGAGACCCUGCUCCUAUACUUGUCUGCUUGCAACGAGGCCGUGAGCGCGGUCUUGGUGCGGGAGGACAGGGAAGCUCAAAGGCCAAUAUAUUACGUUAGCCGAGCUUUACAAGGGUCGGAGACGAGGUACACGCCGGCGGAAAAAUUGGUUCUCGCCUUGGUACACGCCGUCCGCAAACUCCGACCUUACUUUCAGGCCCACAGCAUCACCGUCCUGACGGAUCAACCCUUACGGCAGAUCCUCACAAAACCCGAGGUCUCGGGCAGAAUGACCAAAUGGACCGUCGAACUGGCCGAGCACGACAUCGGCUACCAACCUCGCGCCGCCAUCAAAACUCAGGCCCUGGCAUACUUUCUCGCCGAGGGAGCCAGUCUGUCCGUGACCGAGCCGAUCUCUGUGCCCGAGGAGGCCCGGUCGGAGGAGCCAUGGGUGCUAUUCGUCGACGGGGCCUCAAGUAAGGAGGGGAGCGGGGCCGGCCUGCUGCUCAUCUCGCCCACCGGGGAGGAGCUGACCUACGCACUCAGGUUUGACUUCCCGGCGUCCAACAAUGAAGCUGAAUAUGAGGCCCUACUGACAGGAUUGCGGAUAGCCCACCAAAUGGGUAUAACCGCAAUCAGGGUCCGAAGUGACUCUCAACUAGUAGUCUACCAAGUCCGCGGGGAGUACGAGGCCAAGGAGGAUGUCAUGAAAAAAUACUUGGCUAAGGUGCAGGAGGCGAUAAAAUUGUUCGACAUUUUCGAGAUUGAGCGGGUGCCGAGGUCACAGAACAAACGGGCGGACGCCCUGUUGAAGCUGGCGUCCUCCUCGUUUGCCCACCUGAGCAAGGAAGUCUUGGUGGAGGUAGUCAAGCAAAAAAGUAUCGACCAGGUCCAAGUCUCGGCCAUAGACAGCCUGGCCACUUGGAUGACUCCUCUGGUGGACUUCCUCAGCUCGGGUGUCCUCCCCAAGGAUAAAACCGAGGCCCGCCGACUCCAGCUACGAGCUGCUAAGUACGCCUACGCUGGGGGGACCCUCUACAGGAGGUCAUAUUUGUCUCCCUGGCUAAAGUGCGUAACUCCCGGGAGGGCGACUAUAUCCUCCGAGAAGUGCACGAAGGCCUGUGCGCGGCACACGUAG